AUGGGCUCCACCUUGCUUGCAAUUGAACUUGGUUUCAUGGGGCCGAACUAUUCAAUUUCAACCGCAUGUGCUACUGCCAAUUACUGCUUCUAUGCUGCUGCUAACCACAUCCGGCGAGGCGAGGCUGAUUUAAUGCUUGCUAGGGGAACUGAAGCUGCAAUUAUUCCCAUUGGCUUAGGUGGUUUUGUUGCAUGUAGAGCUCUAUCCCAGAGAAACGAUGAUCCCCAGACUGCAUCUAGGCCAUGGGAUAAAGACCGAGAUGGCUUUGUUAUGGGUGAAGGUGCUGGAGUAUUGGUAAUGGAGAGCUUGGAACAUGCAAUGAAACGUGGUGCACCAAUUAUUGCCGAGUACUUGGGAGGUGCUGUUAACUGUGAUGCUUAUCAUGUGAUGGAUCCUAGAGCCGAUGGACUUGGUGUCUCAACAUGCAUUGAAAGGAGUCUUGAAGAUGCUGGUGUGGCCCCAGAAGAGGUUAACUACAUAAAUGCACAUGCAACUUCCACACUCGCUGGAGACCUGGCCGAGGUGAAUGCUAUCAAGAAGGUCUUCAAGAACACUUCGGAAAUCAAAAUCAAUGCAACCAAGUCUAUGAUUGGGCACUGCCUCGGAGCUGCAGGCGGACUUGAAGCCAUUGCCACAGUGAAAUCAAUUAAUACAGGGUGGCUGCAUCCUACCAUAAAUCAAUUUAAUCCAGAGCCUUCGGUUGAGUUUGAUACUGUGGCAAAUACAAAGAAGCAGCAUGAAGUGAAUGUUGCCAUUUUGAAUUCUUUCUGAUUCGGAGGACACAACUCGGUGGUGGUUUUUUCUGCGUUCAAGCCUUGAUUACAGACCGGGUCCAUAUAACCACAAGAAGGGGGCCUGCUGUUCUUGAUAAACUAGGUACCCAUUACCUUUUCAUCUUUGGUUUCUUCUCCUUUCUUUGACUGUUAUGAAUCGACGGCUGAGAAGGAAUGAUUUUUCUGAGUGGAAGCUUUAAGUUAUUGAAUAAAAGUAGUGAGAGUUGAGAUUUUAGUUGCAUUCGGAAUCAUAGUUUAUGGAUCUUGGACUGUUGGCCAGGUAGUUUUUAGUUGCAUUCAGAAUCAUAGUUUAUGGAUCUUGGACUGUUGGCCAGGUCAUAGUUUUUCCCCCACUUAGCUUUUUAGAUGAAUUUCUGAUACUUUGUAGACAGCAACCUUUAAUAUUUUUUGGGGAAUUACUUAAAUUUCAUUGUCAUAGUUCUCU